AGCCAUUCAACAAACCGAAAAAAGGUUAGCUCAACUGCUGGACGUUGGGCGGUGGUUGCUGUUAUAAAGAAUUGAUAUCUUGAAGUGAAAAGGGGGGGAACAAAGAAAAGAAGUGAAAAGAGUGAAUUCAUACCGAGUUAUUAUACGGCCCGUCCAGCUCGACGACUUUCAAGAUGUCAAAUACUACGGAUGCGCCGCACCACGUAUCGUUCAGAUCUUGCACUGAAGUCGGCCCUUACUGCCCGGUCCAGGCUACGGUUCUGGGAUACUAUCCCAACCUCGGCGUCAAUGCCUUUCUCGCCGCUGCGUUUGGCCUAUGCAUCAUAGGCCUCGUCGUCACCGGUAUUUGGAAGAGGACCUGGGGUUACUCCGCUGCCCUCACCGCGGGAUGUGUUCUGGAGUUUGCAGGCUACAUCGCGCGCGUCCUCCUCCACGACAACCCCUGGGACUCAGGCGCCUUCCAGACGCAAAUCUGCGCCAUCAUCCUCGCGCCAACCCUAAUCUGCAUCUCCAUCUACCUCACCCUCAAGCACGUCACCCUCUCCAUCAACCCGGAGCUCUCACGCCUGCGUCCCCGGCUAUACCCGCUGAUCUUCGUCCCCGCCGACGUGUCGUGCCUGAUCCUGCAAGCCAUCGGCGGGAGCCUCGCCGCCUCCGCCGGCUACGACAACCCGAACCUCCUGCUCUCCGGUGACCGCGUCAUCAUCGCCGGCAUCGCCCUGCAGUCCGCCGUGCUGGGCGGCUUCGGCGUCCUGUGCGUCGAUUACUACCUCCGCACCAAGACGUGGGUGGCCAGCGGCCACGCGACGCCCCAGGCCCUGGCCAUGUGGAACGACCGCAAGUUUCGCAUGUUCUUCUAUGCGGUGACGGGUGCGUACGCGGGCAUUCUGAUACGGUGUAUCUACCGAAUUGCCGAGAUGGCGGGAGGAUGGGGGAACAAGAUCAUGCAGGACGAGCCGUCGUUUAUUGUGCUUGAGGGAUUCUGCAUCAUCAUCCCCGUCGUCCUCCUAACCGCCUUCCCGCCAGGCUUCCUGUUCCCGGCAAUGGCUGAGCGGGAAGCCCGGCGCUUCAGGAGGGGGAACAAGGGGGAUAAGGUAGCUGGCGAGGAACCCAUCACGUCCGGCGACGAGGAACAUCAGAUGGAGCAGAAGGCUCUUAGCGUAUAAGACGUUAAUGUUUCUUCAUUUUUAUGAUCUAUUGCUGCUAUUUUGGGAAUUAGACGUACGACCAGUUGCGUGUUUUGUUUCGCCCGCCUGGUUGGCUUACUUUUUGCAUAUGUAUAGCGUUUGGUUUGCGAUGAUAUAGACAGCUCUACCUAAUUAUCCUAGAUAUCCAUGGUUUUGUAUACCCUCUUUAAUAUUACACGCCUACAUACAACUUUCGACUCAAAGUGACACUUUCUUA